AUGGCGCUCAAAUCCUCCCUCAAGGCGUUCCACUGCCUCAAGCAAUCCACAACACCAACCACUUUCUACAACCCCAUCUCCAUCCCCCAUAUAUUCCUAAAACUUUAUCCCAUCAUGCGACGAGGCCUAAUCUCGAACACCAAACCUACCCAUCUUAGAACCGUCACGCUAGAAGUAGAGCGGAAAUUCACGCCCACCCCAUCAUCCAUCACACGUCUACGUGAAAACAGUAGUACACACCCUUUCAAAUCACACACGUACCUCGGCUCCAAACCCAUCCACGACAUCUACUACGAUGCCGCAUGUCGUCUCAUGGACAAGGGGAUAUACAUCCGCACGCGCAACGGGGCGUGGGAGGCGAAAACACGCAAGGGCGGGGAUUUGGUGAAUAGCCAGUGCUGCGAAGUGUCGGGCUAUGGAAGCGUGACGAGGAUCCUGCAGGAUGCUGUGGGACGGGAGUGGAAGCCGGAUAUGCUAGGGAAGGUUGCGGAAUGGAAGAUGGAGAGGAUGGAGUGGGAGGUUGAGGGGUUCGGGGUUGUGGUUGAUGAGUCGGUGUUUGAGGUUGGGGUUCUGGCUGGUGCUUUGAUAGUGCGGCAUUGUGUUGGGGAGGUGGAGUUGUGUAGAGGCGUGGAAGGGGGUGGGGAGGAAGAGGUGGGGAGGGAGAUGGAUGGGCGGAUUGAGAGGUUUAUGCGGGAUCAUGGAGAUGUGUUUCCUGUAUGCGGGGGAAUGGCGCAGGGUAAGUUGAGUGCGUACUUUGAGUGCGUGGAGAGACUUCGCGGUGUGCGUGAUGGGCCGCACUUGGGGUGA